AUGGACGAGCAAAGCGUGGAGAGCAUUGCUGAGGUAUUCCGAUGUUUUAUUUGUAUGGAGAAGCUGCGCGACGCGCGCCUCUGUCCUCACUGCUCCAAGCUCUGCUGCUUCAGUUGCAUUCGGCGUUGGCUGACUGAACAAAGAGCUCAGUGCCCACAUUGUAGAGCCCCUCUCCAGCUACGAGAGCUCGUGAACUGUCGCUGGGCAGAAGAGGUCACGCAGCAGCUUGAUACACUUCAACUGUGCAGCCUCACAAAGCAUGAGGAGAACGAAAAGGACAAGUGUGAAAAUCAUCAUGAAAAGCUUAGUGUUUUCUGCUGGACCUGCAAGAAGUGCAUCUGCCACCAGUGUGCUCUUUGGGGUGGAAUGCAUGGAGGACAUACUUUUAAGCCACUGGCAGAAAUCUAUGAGCAGCACGUCACAAAAGUCAAUGAAGAAGUGGCAAAGCUUAGGAGAAGACUCAUGGAAUUGAUCAGUUUGGUGCAAGAAGUGGAGAGGAACGUGGAGGCGGUGCGCAGCGCGAAGGAUGAGCGAGUGCGGGAGAUCAGGAACGCAGUGGAGAUGAUGAUUGCUCGCCUGGACACUCAGCUGAAGAACAAGCUUAUAACAUUGAUGGGUCAAAAGACAUCACUUACUCAAGAAACUGAACUUCUGGAAUCCCUGCUUCAAGAAGUAGAACAUCAGGUACGCUCGUGCAGCAAGAGUGAGCUCAUCUCCAAGAGUUCAGAGAUCCUGAUGAUGUUCCAGCAGGUGCAUCGCAAGCCCAUGGCCUCCUUUGUCACCACUCCUGUUCCCCCAGACUUCACAAGUGAAUUGGUUCCAGCCUAUGACUCAACUACAUUUAUCUUGCAGAACUUCAGUACGUUGCGCCAGCGAGCGGAUCCUGUUUACAGUCCUCCUCUUCAAGUGUCAGGACUUUGCUGGAGAUUGAAAGUUUAUCCAGAUGGAAAUGGAGUAGUACGGGGCUACUACCUGUCUGUGUUCUUGGAGCUGUCUGCUGGACUGCCAGAGACUUCCAAGUAUGAGUACCGGGUGGAAAUGGUUCACCAGUCCACCAACGACCCCACCAAAAACAUCAUCCGCGAGUUCGCCUCCGACUUCGAGGUUGGGGAGUGCUGGGGUUACAACAGGUUCUUCCGGCUGGACCUGCUGGCCAACGAGGGCUACUUGAACAGGCAGAAUGACACCGUGAUUCUGAGGUUUGAAGUGCGCUCACCAACCUUCUUCCAAAAGUGCCGAGAUCAGCACUGGUACAUUGCUCAGUUGGAGGCAGCUCAGACGAGUUACAUCCAGCAAAUAAACAACCUUAAAGAAAGACUUGCCAUUGAACUCUCCCGGACUCAGAAGUCACGAGGCAUUUCACCUCCAGACACCCAUCUCAGUCCCCAGAAUGAUGAUGGUCCAGAAGCAAGAGCAAAGAAGUCUGGACAAAGCACUGAAGUCCUGCUUGAGAACGUGGCUGCUCCGGGAUUAGUGCGAGACAGCAAGGAAGAGGAGGAAGAGAAGAUCCAGCAUGAAGAUUUUAACCACGAGCUCUCUGAUGGGGACUUGGAUAUAGAUCUCGCUGGAGAAGAUGAGGUGAACCACCUGGAUGGUAGCAGCUCUUCGGCUAGUUCAACAGCAACUAGUAACACUGAAGAAAAUGAUAUUGAUGAAGAAACUAUGUCUGGUGAAAAUGAUGUGGAAUAUAGCAGUAAUAUGGAGCUGGAGGAAGGAGACCUCUUGGAGGAAGCAGCUGCUGCUGCUGCUCCUGGAGCAUCAGGCACUAGCCAUGGCUACACCAGUGCAAGUGGAAGACCUUCAAGGCGAGGAGGAACUGCCCUAGGCUCAACAACCAGUAGCAGUUUACUUGAUAUAGAUCCCUUGAUUUUAAUCCACUUGUUGGAUCUAAAAGACAGAAACGGGAUGGAAAACCUUUGGGGCCUUCAGCCACGUCCCCCUGCCUCUCUUCUGCAGAGCAGAGCAUCAUCCUACUCUCUAAAAGACCGCGACCAGCGGCGGCACCAGGCCAUGUGGCGCGUGCCGCCCGACCUGAAGAUGCUGAAAAGGCUGAAAACUCAGAUGGCUGAAGUGAGGAGCAAGAUGUCUGAUGUCAAAAACCAACUCUCUGAAGUGAGAAGCAGCAAUGCUAGCUCCUGUGAUGGACAGCCCAGCUUCUUCUCCAUUGAGCAAGGGGCUUUAGCUGCCUGUGGAACAGAGAGCUGCAGCAAGCUGCAAGAGAUCGGAAUGGAGCUCCUGACCAAGUCCUCAGUGACCAGCUGCUACAUAAGGAGUUCUGCAAGUAAGAAGAGUAACUCCCCCAAGCCUGCGCGCUCCGGAGCAGCAGGGAGCCUCUCCUUACGAAGAGCCAUGGACUGUGGGGACAGCAACCUGCGGCUGAAGGCAGAUGGUCAGGCUUCGGAGGCUGGCAUCGGGAGCUCGAAGCUGAGCAGUCGCCACCACUCUACAAGGCCCCUGGCUGGCAGCAGUGCUGCUGAGGCACUGCCCAAGCCAGAGGAGAGACCUUGUGAAGGGUCAGAUUCUGAUGUGGGAGUUUCUGGCUUAAAUGGCUUAGCUGCUGUAGAGAAGAACAGAAAAGCUGGUGCUCUGGGGUCCGGUUCCAAAGGUUGUCGAACGGAAGGCGCGCCGACAAGUGGUCUGGAAAACAGCUCUGAAAGUGGUGAACUGCAGGUUGUGCUUUCUGAAGGAGCUUCUGCAGCACCAGAGGAAGGUAAACAUGUCCUUCAUCUCCUACCAGGAAUGAGCAGUGACAGUGACAUUGAGUGUGACACAGAAAAUGAAGAGCAAGAGGAGGUCACCUCUGCCUCAGAGGUGUUCAACCAGGCCUUCUCUGUCCUGUCCUCCAACGAAGCUUCAGAGCAGUGCUCAGCAUUCCCGGAGGAUGAGCAAGUUGGUCCUGAUGAUCUCAACUUUGUUACUGGAGAAGACAGCACCAGGUAA